AUGAAGGAGCCUUCUACCUCCUCACGCCUUGAGCCCACCACCGCUCCUGGAGACACUGUCUGCGCUGUCAAGACGACUGAUCCUCCUGCAGGAACUGAAGACCGGGGUGAGAAGAGAACUCAAUCACUCAAGUCCAAGUCCGCAUCCUUCGAGGCAGCACCGUCCAGCCAGGCACCAGGCCCGGAUGCUGGAACUCCGGAAAUCACAGAAGACCCUGCUGCCAGUGUCUCCGAUUCCUCGGCUGCUGUUCAGACACCGGAGGCGGAUAUUCCACCGUGGGCCAGACGAAUGCUACAGAGGAGGGCCAAGGACAGAGCUGCCAAGCGUGUGAUCAGGAAAGCCAAGGGCCCGCCUCGACCUACCAAGCGACCCUUCUGGCUUCUACCGAUGGAUGACGAAAAGGAUGCCACAGCUGAUGAAGUGGGUGGAGCGGUUCCACCACAGCCAAUUGGUCCUCUCUGCAGCGAGCUUACACUGCCCCUGGAGUUGCGCAGCUCUACUGUCAGGCUCACAUCCUGGCAGGUGGUCGGCCAAGUCCAUCUCGCCCAGACUGUGCAGCUGUGGCAGCCGCACUCAGGGCUUCAUCCAGGAAGGCACGACCUCCCUCUGACCAAUCAUGGAUCCGCUCAUGCCCCGGAGGUCUGCAUGAGGCACUGGUACCACCACUCGGAGGCACGCCUCGGGAGCUCUUGGUUGGAGGGCGAGGACCUCCGACCCCCCGCCGUCGAGGUCCGAAUCACAACAAGAUUCCUGAGCCUGGCCACCAGUCUCAGCUACAAGUGCUGGACUUGGAUAGUAUGGACUGAGAUGCUAGCCUAUUAUUUGAGCAGAACCAACCCGGGCAGCACUAUGUCCUACCCCCCUCCAUCGUCAUCACAUACGGACGAUCCUGGGAGCUCCAAGACUUCAUUCAACAUCCUCUGCUUACUUAUGAGCCACUCCGGCCCCAAUGCCGGAGCCCGGCAAAUGACUCAAGCCUGUUUUCCAGGGGCUAAGUUGCCGGUGGGGGUGAGGGUUGUGAGUGGCUGCCAUCCACUCACGAGACCGUCUGGACGUCCCUGGAUGUCCUGCGGGAAGCCAUGGCAGGAGCUACACAACAGACUCACUCCAGUAGGGACUGCCCCGUUUGGCUCCCUGCUACAGACUCCUCACAUCCUCUCUGAAAUUUUGUCUACCUGUAUGAUUGUAUGUUGGAGAAGCCGAGACCCCCACAGAGGACCGACUCACGCUCGCUCCACUCAUCGGACUAUCAACUGUCUUCUUCAGUACUGCAGCCGAGUCAUGCACCACUUCUGCUUUCCUAAACCAGUUUAUCGUCUUCGCUACAGGUGCCGAGUACUGAUUCAACAUGUGAUGUCCCGGGCUCCAGCACUCCCAUACCUUACCCACUUCAUAUCUGGCCCACACGGCCCUCGCCUGUCGGGACCUCGGACUCCCCAGGCUGAGACAGGACUGCCUCUGACACGCCCUGACCCUUCUCCCAGGCCUCAACCGACGUGGCCCCGCCCAUCUUGCAGGAGGUUGGGAGGUAGGUCUCUCUGUACCGGAUUCCUCUUACUGUCUGCCCUUGUGACCCCGGCCAGUGGGGUGCAUCACCAUGUGCCCUCGUACAUCAGUACUCAGAACGAGCCCAGGAUGAGUCCUGCCUGGCACUGUGAGGGCAACCCCGCCGACCCUGCUCCGCACAGCUUCGCCAGGAAGAGAUCCUACAAACGAGCUAUUCGGCGUGCAGCCCAGCACCCGGACCAAACUACCACGUAUCGAGGUCGACAGUGCACACUCCGCCAGCUCUGUGCUGGAUAUCAAGGUAGUCGCCCCAAGCCAAAGUCGGAACAACGUGCACAGGCGCACGUUCUGCAUCGGAGUCAGGAUCGCAUACUGGUCAUGACUUGGAAUGCCGGAGGCUUGUCAAGUGACCUGUGGCAUGAACUGCUCCUCAAAUUGCAGCAUCUGCCGCCAGCUGCCCGACCGCAGAUCCUCUGUGUGCAAGAGUCACAUUGGAAAGACACGGUGGCUCCUACCUUUGUCACUGCCAACUGGCAGGUGUAUUGCUCACCGGCGACAGACUCAAAGUCUGCAGGACUGAUCACCUUAAUUGAUAAGAGUCUCCUGCCUCAAUGUCAGGUUAUGUUUGCAGAUCCCCAUCCAGGACGUGUCCAGCACAUCCGUGUUGUACACUCAGCAUGGUCAGUCGAUAUCCUCAACAUCUAUCAGAAGACCUACAACUCGCAUCCCAAGGCCUCGUCUGACUCCAAAGCUGUCCGAGCCACCAUCUGGCGGUGCAUCGCAGACCAAGUCCAGCGAGUACCUCAGAGAAGUACCCUUGUUCUGAUGGGGGACUUCAAUUGCCCUCUGAUGCCGGGAGGAUAUGUAGGUCCCAGAGCUGAUGUUGGGUCGGGGACACAUCCCCCAGAUCAACUCCAGCUACAGCACAUCCUGGAGCAGUAUGCUCUACUACAUCUUAACUCAUGGUCUCGACAGACUGGUGCAACAUACGUCCAUCAGAAAGGGGAAAGCCUGAUAGAUCACCUCCUCAUGAGGACCACUCAGGCCGACAACAGAGCCAAGCAAGCACGCCGAGUUCACUUAGGCCUGGCUGAAUGGCGGCAAGGGGGGAAACACCUCCCGAUCAUGGCCAGUAUCCCAGUACAACUCUUCUGCAAGCUCAAUGGCAGAAAGCCGGCAGCCCGUCAGUGGAAUCACUGGGAGGUCGUACGACUCUGCAAAGACGAGAGUGACCCAAGAUGCCAGCGGCUCAGAGAACUCUGCAGGACCCGCUUGUCGCAGGCUACUGACAUUGCCUCUCUAAAUCAGCUUCUAAUCCAGUGUGCCAUGGAGGUCUUCCCGUCCCCCCCAGGCUCCCAACGCCUGGCCCUUUGGCAGACCCCCCACAUGCAGGGUGGAAUCAAAGCCAUGUGGGCAGCUUAUCACGAGUGGAAGACCCUGGCAAGGACUGCCCCUACCAGUCUUCUCGCCAUCUCUCGUGCCUACCACACUUUCAAGCAGGCACACAAAGACUUUCGAAAAGCGGGGAAGGCCAGUCGAAAACAAUGGUUUCAAGGAAGGCUGAAAGAUCUUCAAUCCGCCGCGACCUCGGGGGACACCAGGACUCUAUAUCGACAUAUUAGGACUCUUGCACCUAAACAGGUCAAGACGAAAGUCCAGCUUCGAGACCCACAUGGAAGACUGCAGGACGAGGCCGCCCAGAUCAAACAACUUGAGACACAUUACAGAAAACUCUAUGCUGCGGACGAACCCCCCGCAAAGGCAGGGCCCCCCCGCACCACCAUCUGUCUUCAUCUCCAGGAGGCCGAAUUCGCAGAAGCCUUGGCAUCCCUGUCUCCACACAAAGCCACGCCUCCAGGUCUGGCCACCAACUCCCUCUGGAGGAUGGUAGCAGACCUGGUUGCACCAGUAGUGUGCGAUUGGGCCCGGGCCUGGGAACAAAUCCCAUGCGAAUGGCGGGAUGCUUCCCUUGUCCUUGUGCCUAAGGUUCCAAGGCCCCUUUCGCCCAAGAACUUACGUCCUAUUGGACUCACCGAAUCCUCAGGACGGGCAUGCGCGAAACUAUUGCAACUGAAGUUACGGCCAUACGCCACCCAGUAUCUUCAAGGGAUAGCCCAGUUUGCGUAUCUUCCGAAUCGUGAUGCCAGUAUGGCAAUACAACGGGCCUCACAACAUUGUACAUACGUGAAGAGCAAGUGUGCUCAUGGCCUUCGUACGAUUGCUGAUCGCCAGGAGAAUUUACCUCAGGCGGAGCCCAACUUCGCGGGAAUCCAGUUGUCGUUGGACAUGUCCUCGGCCUUCGAUCUGGUGGAUUGGAGAUUACUUGCUCGCUCCCUGUCGGAAGCAGGGGUCCCACAAGAAUUGUCCGAUCAGGUGAUGUCAUGGUACCAUUGCAUUACCUAUUCCAUCACUCACCUUGGCAAACAGGCGCGGGUCAUAGCACAGCAGGGCCUGCGACAGGGGUGCCAAUUGGCACCCCUGUUGUGGGCGAUGGCAGUCGGAUGCAUAGCCAAAGAAACCAUGGGCACCUCUGACCCCAUUCCCCCUACUUGGCUCCAGGACAACAUGACAACCUAUGCUGACGACAUCCACCUCAAGGCCUGCUGUCGCUCGGUUGCCCAACUUGAUCGGGCUAUGCACUACUUCGGCCUAGUGCUCGAUGCCCUCACGCGACAUGACAUGGUCAUAAACACCACCAAAUCGGCCAUCCUUAUCCGUUACAGAGGUCACUUCCUCAAGACCUGGUUGCGCCGACAUCGAGUGGCAGUCAAGGAUGGUCAUGUUCUGAGAUUUCGCAGCUCGCAAGGACGAGAGUACAGGAUCCCGAUCAAAGACAAGCACACCUAUCUUGGAGUAAGCCUGUCCUACCAGGACAUGCCGAAGCAGACAGUGUCACAUCGUUUACAAGCGGCCAAUCAGGCCUGGCAGAGGCUUCGAAGGAUCCUAUGUGCGCCUCGCCAACUUGAGCUCAGCCAACGCCUUACACUGUGGAAGGCUACCAUCCUUCCCACCCUCAUGUAUGGGCUGGCUGCGGUAGAGCCAGCGACCAAGGAUGUCCAACGCACGCAAGCCAUGAUCAGCAAACAUCUCAGAGCCAUGACUCACUCAUUUGCGCAUCUGCAACACGAAUCUACUAAACACCUACAUGAACGAUGUAACAUCCCUACGGCCACGGCUCAGCUGCUUAAGGAAUCCACGGCCUUUCUAGGCAGACUUCGUCUCCUGGCGACAGAGGUUCCCUUCAUCAGAUCUGAGCAGGUUGAAUCCACCAGAACGUAUGCAGCAGGUCUCCAAGUGGCCACUGAGUCUCAGUGGACACAGCCAGAGCCCGCUGGCUAUUCGGAGGCUGCAUAUCAUUGCUCCACCUGCAAUCGUGCCUUCAAUUCCUUCCGAUUGCUCCGCUCUCACGAGGCCAAAUGGCAUGGCAGGAAGACACCAAGAGCCACAGGCGAGAUGUUUGAUUGA